AUGAUUAUCAUCAUAAGUUGUAACGUUCUCAUCAUCCUUCACACUCUCAAGAACUCCAUGAAGGAAAGACAUCACCCCGUCGCACAGCCUGUCAAGGUCGGAGUACACGAUGCCUUCACCGGUGUAAUUCCCUUUCUCGUAGCCGAGAAAUUUUUCGAGGCCUUCAGUAAGAUUUUUAAGAAUUUCUGCACAAUUUCCAUCAUGAUUUUUAUUAAUUUUACUAACUUCAUCACAAUGUUGACAAAGCUUUUCAAGACUGUUGAGAGACGUCAAAGACUUCUGAUGAGAGUCAAGGGAUUUAGACUCUUUUUCAGGGAAAGCAUUUUUGGCUUCAUUAAGCCUUUCUUCAGCAUCUUUAAGCUGUCUUUUAAGAUGAUCAACAUUUUCCCCCUCCUCAAUUUGCUUUUUAAGGCCAUUCACUUUAGACUGAAGGCUAUCAACUUUCUUUUUCUUAGCUUGAAGGUCAUCAAUUUUCUUUUGAACAGCUUCAAUUACAGUUGUAAUUUGCUUUGUAAGCUCAGGAAUUUGUGA